AUGAUUAAGGUAGCCUAUAGAAAUAUAAACGUAUAUUUUACUUUAACAGAACAUUUUAGCAACAUUAUGUCAUAUAGUUUCUAUUUUUUAUAUUAGGUAGUCUACUUGUAAAAUUAUAUAUAAAAAAAAUUGUUUAAUCUUCAUUUCGUGGCAAAGUUUGUCCAUUAGCGGCCCAAAUUGCAAAUGCUAACUGCUCGUAAUUAGCCAUUAGCAACUGACAUGUAGCACACUUUUGUAAUUAAGCACAAAGUAAGGUUUUUUCCUUUAAGCAACCAUGAUUUUUAGUGAUGUCUUUGUAUGUGUGUGAGCCAUGACUGGAAGAAUCCAGGCGGAAGUGAACUCCAUGUCGGACUUUCCCUCUCUCCGUUCGUGUGAAGCGCUGCUUCAUCCGCUCAGUGAUGCCUCUGCAGCUCACAGACGGAGCGAUACAGGAAGAUACUACAGUCUGUGGGACCUUACGAUUCAAGUGCCGUCCUGUGAUCUGCUCCAAGUCGAAAUUGUUUCAGAGGAAACCRGCGUUUUCAGCGGAAUUCACAGGAUUAAUCUCCGAGUGAACUGCCUGACGGUCUCUCUCGUCACAAAAGGUGGAGAGAUGUGCGCACGCAGACGAGGAGGAGUGUGGAAUUGAGCACAGGAGAAGAAAGAUGCCAAAGAUGAAAAAAUAAAACAGAGCCAGAUUGGGGUCCUGUGCAGACUUUCAGCUGCGACAGUUGGACGUGCGAGCUGUCUCGCCCAUGAUGACCAUGAAAGGCCUGUCCAGCAGCCGCAGUCACCAGACUGUGACCUGCGACCCCUCCUACGACUCCAUGACUCUGGGACACUCGGAUCGCCGGUCCUACUUUCUCAAYCAGGGGGAGACUCAUCCCGCUGACCACCCUUGCUACUCCCAGCGGAAURCCUUUCAGCCCGAGUGCAGUGCCUAUCCCGAUCUGACCAGCUGCACCUUCCCUCGGAGACAUUACAGCUCUCACCACGAGCUGAAGGAAGAGUGCGGUGCUGUGGUGCCUUACACUGGGCCAGCAGGGAGCUGUAAGGGGACCGCAGGAACCAACAACAAUCGCGUCCCGUCCAACUUGCUGGAACAGUUUGAGACACAAGCGCCAUUGCGACGUGAAGGCUACCACACGCUGCAGUACAAGCAUACUGCAGUGGAGCACCAACGCAGUGACAGCCCUGGUCGAAUCCGCCACCUUGUCCACUCUGUGCAGAAGCUUUUCACCAAGUCCCACUCUCUAGAGGGGCCCUCGGGGUCUGGAGGUGGAGGAGGGAGUGGGAAGAUGAAUGGCAGCAAAUCAAGUACUGACGAUCCUCCCUCAUGCUCCGGCACCCUAAAGCACAGCAAGCGCAGCAAGAGCAAAGACCGCUCCAAGUCAGAACCCAAGAUGCGCACCGCCAUAUCAGGAUACUGGAGCUCAGACGACACGCUCGACCGAGAGGUGUGUCUCUACCAUCACCAACAGGGGGGCAGCGGUGGAACCAUGCCCUCCGGGGUCAUGACCAUUGGACGGCACCCGGACAAGUCCCAGUCGCAAUACUUCAUGGAGUCGUACAACACGAUCAGUGCCCAGUCGUUGAAGACGUCGCGCAGCAACAAYGACGUGAAGUGCUCUACGUGCUCCGGCGGCAGCAGUGGAACUCUGCCGCUGAUGGGUCCACUUGAUGGGCAAGUUCAGCUAAAGAAGAGCUCGUGGUCCUCUACUCUGACCGUAAGCAGAGCGAGGGAGGUCUACCAAAAGGCCUCUGUCAACUUAGAUAAAGCUCUUGUCAAAGCCGAGCAGGGACGCACUUGCCAUUUCCUACAGGUGCCUCAGGAUGAUUGGAGUGGUUUCUCUCCAUUGGGGAAGGAUGACGAGAUCCCGUGCCGGAGAAUGCGCAGCGGCAGCUACAUCAAGGCAAUGGCUGAGGAAGACAGCGGCGACUCAGACUGCAGUCCCAAACCCUCGCCCAAAGUGCAGGCACGACGAGCCAGCUACCUGAAGGCCACACAGCCGUCUCUCACCGAGAUGACUACACUCAAAAUUUCCACAGAGCACUCACCCAAGCUGCAGAUCCGAAGUCACAGCUAUCUGCGGGCGGUGAGCGAGGUUUCCAUCAAUAGGAGCCUGGACAGCUUGGACCCGGCAGGGCUGCUGGCCUCGCCUAAAUUCCGCUCCCGAAACGAGAGCUACAUGAGAGCUAUGAGCACCAUCAGCCAG